CUAAAACCCUCUCUCUCUCCCUCUCUCUCUGCUGUUCGACCAUUCUUCGCUAGGAAAUACAGCAAAAAAUGUAUCUUUACCGUCUCCUCCGUCGACCCUCUUCCGCUUUCGCCUCGUCGGCUGCCGUAGCACAGCCUUUGAUCCGAGCCCUCCACCACCUCGCCUCACCACCCUCCAUGAGCACUCCCGCUGCUCAACCUUCAAUUCCUUCAUCAAGACGGACCUUCGCGUUCUCCUCCGCGGAAGAAGCAGCCGCCGAACGCCGGCGGCGGAAGCGCCGCCUCCGUAUCGAACCUCCUCUCCACGCUCUUCAGCGGAACCCUAACCCUCCCCCUCGUGACCCCAACGCUCCCCGUCUGCCGGAUUCCACCUCCGCUCUGGUCGGCCCUCGACUCAACUUACACAACAAGGUCCAGUCACUAAUUAGAGCUUUCGAUCUCGAUGCUGCUUCUUACCUCGCUCGCACCUCCGUUUUCACCGGACUUCGCAUCACUGUCUUCACCUGUAAUGCCAUCAUAGCUGCUAUGUACCGAGCCAAGCGGUACGAUGAUGCCAUUGCAUUGUUUAAAUACUUUUACGAGCAAAUUGAUAUAGUGCCCAAUGUUGUCUCGUAUAACAAUUUGAUUAAUGCCUACUGUGAUCAAGGGAGAGUUGAUAAGGGGCUGGAGGUCUACAGGCAUAUACUUGCGAAUGCGCCAUUUAGUCCUUCGUCCGUGACAUAUAGGCAUUUGACUAAAGGUUUGAUCGAUGCCGGGAGAAUCGAGGAAGCGGUUGACAUGUUGAGGGAGAUGUUGACAAGGGGUCAUGGAGCCGACUCGUUGGUGUUCAAUAACGUGAUUAAGGGGUUCUUGGAGCUGGGUAAUUUGGACAAGGCAAAUGAAUUCUUUGAUGAGUUGAAGCAGAGGUGCUUGGUGUAUGAUGGGGUGGUUAGUGCUACUUUUAUGGAUUGGUGGUUUAAGCAAGGAAAGGACAGUGAGGGUAUGGAGAGUUACAGGUCAUUGAAGGCUAAGAAUUUCAGAAUGGUGCCUGCUACAUGCAACGUGCUUCUUGAGGUUUUGCUUCGGUAUGGCAAAAAGGAGGCAGCUUUGGAGUUGUUUGAAGAAAUGUUAGACAACCAUACACCGCCGACAUUCCAAGCUGUGGAUUCUGAGACUGUUAGUUUAAUGGUCAACGAGUGUUUUAAAGAAGGCAAAUUUGCCGAGGCAGUCGAUACCUUCACGAAGGCUGGUACAAAUCCAAAAUCAAGGCCUUUUGCGAUGACUGUGGCUGGUUUCAACAACAUUAUUAUGAGAUUUGCGGAGAAUGGGAUGAUUGCAGAAGCUGAGCAAUAUUUUACAACAUUGAUGUCCAAGUCCUUGGCACCAGAUGUCACGAGUUUCAAGACAUUGAUUGAAGCAUAUCUGAAGCUGGAACGGUUUGACGAUGCUCUUAGGAUUUUUGAUAGAAUGGUUGAAUCAGGCUUAUGGGUGGUUGCUAGUUUUGGUACAAGAGUUUUUCGCGACCUUAUUAAAAAUGGUAAAGCAGUGGAAUCUGCCCAAAUUAUGAUAAAACUGGGGAUGAAGACGGCCGAGAGAAUGGGGGACAGUAUAAAACCUGACCAUUUGAUUUAUGAUACUGUGGUGAGGGGACUUUGUGAUGCUGGAGAAUUAGAUGGCAGCAGAGAUGUGCUGGACCAUAUGAUGGCAUUUGGUGUUGGUUUGCAUCCUUCCUUGAAGGAAUUUGCACAGAAGGCAUUUGAAGAUGCCGGACGUGGUGAAGAAAUUAAGAAGGUUCUGGAUGAAAAUCAGUACCGGAAUACUUCAAGACCUCCUCCUUUCAUGGGUAGGCAAAUUCAAUCACCAUUUGGAGCUUCUCAAUUUGGGAGCGGACAACAAUCCUUGGGGACAUCUUCAGUAGGUGGACAGUCAAUAUUAGGUAAGCCGAGAUACCAGCCAGGAGGAUUCCAAGCACCAUCAUCAGGUUAUAAUAGCCCAGGACAGCUAGUGUCUGGUUCUUUCGGAAUCAGUGGACAACAAACUUCAUUUGCCUCUCAGUCACCAUCGUCCGCAUCAUCAGUGGGAGAACAAAUAGAAAGUUCCCAUAGUAUGACUGGUCAGCAACCUUCAGUCUCUAAUGCAUCACAACAGCCUUUGUGGUCUGAUAGAGUAGAAGGACAACAGCCAUCCUGGUCACCUCAUGUACAAAGGCAACAGCCACCAGCGUGGUCCUUGCCAAGGCAGGGGCAGCCACCAUCAUGGUCAUCUCCCACACAAGUUCAGCAAACAUCUUGGCCAGCUACUGCACAAGGGCAACAGCCAUCAUCAUGGUCCUCGCCAGGGCAAGGGCAGCCAACAUCCUGGUCCUUGCCACGGCAAGGGCAGGGGCAGCCAACAUCAUGGUCAUCUUCCACACAAGUUCAGCAAACAUCUUGGUCAACUCCAGCACAAGGGCAACAGUCAUCCAGGCCUUCUCCGGUGCAAGGACAACAGCCUUCGUGGUCAUCUCCUACUGAAGGUUCGAAAUCAUCUUCUCAGUCCUCUCAUACUGAAGGACCAUCAUCAUAUUGGUCCUCUCCAGAUGCAGGGCAGCAGCAGCAUUCAUCAUGGUCCUCUCCAAUCUAUGGACAAAGGUCCUCUGGCACACCAGAUACAGCCAGUACUUAUGAAUAUGCUUCUUCACAUUCUGCUGGGAGAAAUUCUGAACAUGGAUCUUCCUUGAACUCGUCACCUGCAGCAGACAACCAUCAUCCUCAUGGACACUCUCACUUGUCAGGACAGGGACGAUGGCAAGACAACCAGCAACGGUUUCAUCUUAUAUUUUGCUCUUGUUCUAGUUUGAUCCAAUGGCGAGACAGCAGCAUACUGGAUUCCCAGAGACGGCUGGGCGCUAUCCGCAACCACCUCAAUGGCAAGCCAGCCACCAUUCCACUGGACAGACUCGCACAGCAGGACGAGACCAAUGGCAAGAUAACCAACAACAGUUUAAUCCAACUGCGGGACAACAACAACAACCGAAUGGACCCUUGGAGACUUCAGAGAAUGGCCAUUCGCAGCCAGCUGCUCAGUGGCAAGCCUACAACCAGCGUGCCGCAGCUUGAUUCUUUGGUACAAACGACCCCGUCCUAUGAUCAUAGUACACAGCAUCGCCUCAAGUUUUGGCUUCUGAGUCUGUACCUGAAAUGUCUCCAGUCACUGGCGAUACUCGGAGAUGCCCGGAUCUCGCUUUCACAUAUCCGUUCCAGCAGAAAGUGAUUCUCUACUCCCGUGGCAGCUCUCACUGAAACUACAAUAUGAGUUGUGGUGUGUCCUACAGGAUGGAUGAACUGCUGUUGCUAUUUAGAGGCUGAACAAAAUAUUUAUUGAGGACGACUCUAUUCUUGGUGGAUCAAAAUAGGCUAAUGUGUAUCUGAUUUCCAUUUUUGGUUCUGUCUCCUCUCCCCCUUCUUGAAUAGGAUAAUAAGAGAAGAGAACUCUUGUGGCCGGUCACACGUUUACCAUCCAUUAAUCUUCAAGCACCUUAUGUCUUUAACCAUGAUAUGAUAUUGUGAAUUUGUGAUAGUUACUUCUCACCAGCAAGCACCUUAGUAACUAUCUGCAGAAUUGUGCUAUCAACACAGUCGCGAUCUACUACGAACCAGCGCCUAGCUACAGCUUUAUACUUUGUCGGUGACAAUGUUCUGCAACUUCGGA